UUUAAAUUUUGGACAGGGAGUUUGUGGUCCGGCAGAUAUACCUUGAUGGCGGCCAGCUCGGCAUUUGUCGUGGGCGGCGGUUCAUCGGCGAUAUUUGGCCGUGAAAUAUCUCGGGAUAGCGGAACAUUGAAACUGAAAACACAUUUGGUGGUGAAGUCGUCGGCGACGACUAGGCGAUCCGUUGAGUUAUCCGAACAACAACGGCGGGAAAGAAGGUUGGGGUCCGAAGCAGAGACCGCACGGAAACUUGAUGAGGAGUCGGAGUCGGAGUCGGAGUCGGAGUCGAGGUGGAAGGAGGUUGAGGCGGAGGUAGGACAUGGUUUGAGCUUGAAGGAUUAUUUUGAGCAGUCGACGGAUCUGAUGAAAUCGGACGGUGGGCCGCCUCGCUGGUUUUCGCCCUUAGAGUGCGGCUCUCGUUUAGACAAGUCCCCUCUGCUGCUCUUUUUACCAGGGGUUGAUGGUCUUGGACUAGGACUUGUUUUGCACCAUCAAAGACUUGGAAAGCUUUUUGAUAUAUGGUGCUUGCAUAUUCCAAUUAUGGAUCGAACACCAUUUGCAGACCUGGUGAAUCUGGUUGAAAAAACAGUUAGAUCAGAAUAUUACCUAUCACCAAACAGGCCUAUAUAUCUUGUUGGAGAAUCUGUUGGAGGAUGCCUUGCACUGACUGUGGCUGCCCGUAACCCUGGAAUUGAUCUUGUACUGAUUUUGUCUAACCCAGCUACAUGUUUCAGCAAGUCACAGCUUCAACCUUUUUUACCUUUCUUGGAAUUCAUGCCUGUGCAGCUCCAUCAUGGGGUGCCUUAUAUGCUGAGUUUACUGACAGGUCUUCCUUUGAGAAUGGCGAUGGCUACUUGGGAGAAAGGACUUCCUCCGGAACAAACAGUUGGAGAACUAUCGCAGGGUGUUAUAGCAUUGUCAUCUUUCCUUUCUGUCCUUGCUGAUGUUUUAGCUGGAGAAACACUUCUCUGGAAGCUGCAGAUGCUCAAAUCCGCUUCUGCAUACACCAAUUCACGUCUCCAUGCUGUUAAAGCACAGACACUGAUACUUUCAAGUGGGAAGGAUCAGCUGCUACCAAGUGAAGAGGAAGGUGAAAGACUUUGUCGAAUACUGCCAAAAUGUCAGAUUCGUAAGUUUAGUGACCAGGGCCAUGCACUUCUCUUGGAAGAUGGUGUUGACUUGGUGACCAUCAUAAAAGGUGCUAGUUAUUAUCGCCGUGCAAGAUGUCUUGACUAUGCCUCGGAUUACAUACCACCAAGCCCUUCUGAAUUCAAAAAGAUAUAUGAAUCAAUCAGAUGGAUGGAGGCAGCUACUCAUCCUGUGAUGCUCUCAACUUUAGAGAAUGGGAAGAUUGUGAAGGGCCUUGCGGGUAUUCCUUCUGAGGGACCAAUCUUGUUUGUUGGCUAUCACAUGUUACUAGGGAUAGAAUUGAUUCCUUUGGUAUCCCGACUCUGGGCUGAAAGAAAUAUUCUUCUGCGAGGACUAGCACAUCCAAUGAUGUUUGUGAAGAUGGGAGAUGGAAGUCCACUUGAUAUAUCAACAUUUGAUAUACUCAGAAUUAUGGGUGCAGUUCCUGUUUCGGGAACUAACUUUUAUAGGCUACUUUCUUCAAAGUCCCAUGUGCUACUGUAUCCAGGAGGCAUGCGUGAGGCUCUUCAUAGAAAGGGUGAAGAAUACAAGUUAUUCUGGCCAGAACAAUCCGAGUUUGUAAGGAUGGCUGCUAGAUUUGGAGCCAAAAUUAUACCCUUUGGUGCUGUCGGUGAAGAUGAUGUUUGUCAAGUAGUCUUUGAUUAUGAUGAUCAAAUGAAGAUUCCUCAUCUUAGAGCUGAAAUAGAAGAACGGACUAAUCAGUUUGUGAGGUUGAGGACUGACAUUGAUGGAGAGGUAGCAAACCAAGCUCAACACCUUCCAUAUUUACUACCAAAACUACCAGGCCGUUUCUAUUACUUAUUCGGGAAGCCUAUUGAAACAGCAGGGAGGAAGCAGGAAUUAAGGAAUAGGGAGGGAGCACAUAAAUUGUAUUUGGAAGUGCAGUCUGAGGUUGAGAAAUGCCUUGCUUAUUUGAAGGAGAAGAGAGAAAGUGAUCCAUAUAGGAAUAUAAUCCCUCGGUUAAUCUACCAAUCUGCAAAUGGCUUUGACUCUGAAGUCCCAACAUUUGAACUUUGAUUAUUUGGCCACCUAUGGUGGAUCGCCAUCUUUAUUCACAAGGAACUGGGUGUACUAAAAUUUUGUUAUAAAUUGUUAGUUAAAAAGCUGAUAUGGCUAAUCUGUAAUAUGUGACGUACGUGUUAUGAUUUGGCAGGGUUUUGAAUGGAUUGUUGUUUUGCCCGUCGAA